CAUCUUUGCGCAUGCGCAUUACUCACCUCCACGCCACAUUUCCCCGCCUGGACUCCCUCCAUCAAACCCUGCACAGUUUACCGAUUCAAUGUAAACACAAAAACGUGGUGUUUUCACGCAUACUACCUGUAUUUGUUUCGGGAUAAACGCCUCUGGGCCACUUAAAGAUUUAAAAACACUUCUCUCGCCUACAGAGUCGGAGGUCCAGCUGAGGUGGAAGCCGUGUCUCUAACCCCAGUCCCUGCUCCUCGCUCACUAUGGCAAGUGAAGAGAAGAAACCAGAGACUGAAGCAACUAAAACGCCAACGGCCUCCGCUGCUUCGGCCAGCCAGAGUAAAUCCGCACCCGCGAAGCCUAACUACACACUGAAGUUCACCCUAGCGGGCCACACGAAGGCGGUCUCCUCAGUCAAGUUCAGUCCAAGUGGGGAAUGGCUCGCCAGCUCGUCUGCUGAUAAACUUAUCAAAAUAUGGGGUGCGUAUGAUGGGAAGUUUGAGAAGACAAUAUCCGGACACAAACUUGGGAUCUCAGACGUGGCCUGGUCCUCUGAUUCCAACCUCCUGGUCUCAGCGUCUGAUGAUAAAACCCUGAAGAUCUGGGACGUCAGCUCCGGAAAGUGUCUGAAAACCUUGAAGGGCCACAGCAACUAUGUGUUCUGCUGCAAUUUCAACCCUCAGUCCAACCUCAUCGUGUCUGGAUCAUUUGACGAAAGUGUUCGGAUAUGGGACGUUAAGACGGGGAAGUGUCUGAAAACGUUGCCGGCUCACUCGGACCCGGUCUCUGCAGUCCAUUUUAACAGAGAUGGCUCUCUGAUAGUUUCCAGCAGCUACGAUGGCCUGUGCCGUAUUUGGGACACAGCAUCAGGCCAGUGCCUUAAAACACUCAUUGAUGACGACAACCCCCCUGUGUCCUUUGUGAAGUUUUCCCCCAAUGGCAAAUACAUUCUGGCUGCCACGCUGGAUAACACCUUGAAGCUGUGGGACUACAGCAAAGGAAAGUGCUUGAAAACGUACACAGGUCACAAAAAUGAGAAAUAUUGCAUAUUUGCGAAUUUCUCCGUCACAGGCGGCAAGUGGAUUGUCUCGGGCUCAGAAGACAACAUGGUUUACAUCUGGAACUUGCAGACUAAGGAGAUUGUACAGAAGCUGCAGGGUCACACGGAUGUCGUGAUCUCGACCGCCUGCCACCCGACAGAAAACAUCAUCGCAUCAGCAGCACUAGAGAACGACAAGACCAUCAAGCUGUGGAAGAGCGACUGCUAAGCUAGAACAAAUGCAGGCUUUAUUUUAUUAUUGUUGCUUUUUUUUUAAUUUUGUAUUUUUCAUUUUUUGGGGAAGAAGGACAUUUAUUAUGAGGAACAUGAGGCCAGGCCGUUCAUGCCCAUGAUCGCUUGGUCUUGGCAGGAAGCACGUCGUGUCCAGAGCAGCCAACACAGAGAGACUUACGUUAAUACACACCACUUCUUUUAACUGUCUCUGCACUAAAAUACUCUCCACUCUCUCUGUCUAUGUAUAUCUCUGCCUUACCUAAACAUGAGCGAUUCCCUUCUUUAAACCCUCAGCGCUGAUACGUGUAUAUUUUGGUCUUGUAGAUCUAGGCAGCUUUGAUUCCUCUUCUAGCUAACAGGCUUUCUCACUUGUUCUGUUUUGUAGAAUGUGAUGAUUUUGUACAUUAACUCAAGCCAGAAGUGAACCAUGGGUGUGCAUUCAGUUGAAAAUUCACUAGUCCUCACACAUUAAAUGGUCUAGUCUGGUAAUUGUCUGUAUGCCAGUGUAUAUCGUGUGCCUGAUUAAAAGCCAUUUUAAGGUGGAAUUUAUUAAACUGGCUACACAGUUAGAGCCCAUGGUGUGAGAUGGUAUGAAGAAGAAUAAUGUUUUGCUAUCACUCAUUUUCCUUUAAAGAAAAAUUCCACCCUGGAUGACUUGCAUAAUAAUCUUUAUAAGUAAUGUGAGCUUCAGUGGUGUCCAAGAUUUAGUUUGUAAUGAAAUUCUGAAGUGUUUUUUUUUUGUUUUGUUUUGUUUCAUUGUUGGUCUAUAUUCGCUCUGGGUAAAAAGUGCUUUCUUGCUUUACCCACAGUGCUGUUUGACUGCAAGCUGAUAGAUUAAUCUCUGCCUAAUGUGAGCGAUGCAGUAGCCCUUUAUUCUUUCUCAUAAUUAACGUGUUAGUGGGUGGACUUUUCCUUUAAUGUUCAGACAUUCACUACAGAAAGGUGUUGUCUCAGAUCUCCUGAUGCUUCAUAUUCAUGUACAUUCAGACAGUUUUCAUAAUAUGACUAUAUGAUGUGAUCUGAUGUAUGCUGUGAAUAUCCAGUGUUCUGCUGUAGUAACACACACCCACUUCUUUGAAUGGGAGUUUGAUAUGCAGUGCAAAUGGUUUUGUCCUUGGAGGGUUUUGUAUUUGUCUAGUUGACAUCACACAAGCCAAAAAGAAACAUUCAGAUUUGUGUUCAACAGUUUAUACAGUGUUCUGGUUUUAUUUCGAAGUGUAAAGGCCGCCCCAAUUUCUGGAGCACCGCUUCCUGGAAAUAGGUUAGAAAUGAAUCAUUAGUGAGACAUAAUGGCCUUGAUAAUGAUCAUCUUGUAUGGAAAAUUGGGAAUUAGAACUGAAAUUGCAGGUCCUGGGGUCGCAAAUAAAAAAAAUUAUGUAGGUAAUUUCACUUACUGUAAGAAUUUCCCAAUCCAUUAUAAUGUAUAAAUUUAGUUCAGCUUGUUAUAACCCGUAUGAGACCAGCGUUCAUCUGCAAUAUGCACACUUUGGUUAUUUUGUGCUCAGAUGCAAGAUUCAUAAAGGUUGCUUUAUAUGUUUGUAGCUACAUAUGUGGAAAAAAUAGUGACCAAAUGUCAAAGUGGGCUUUAACACUGCCUCAGAUUUGUGUAACCUUCAUUCGGCUUCUCGGUUUAUCCAGCUCUCUUUCUUUGUGGUCUUACUGUGUGUGCAGUAGUAAUAAUGGUGGAUGAGUGUUGUAUUUUCCUGCAAAUUGAGGGUUGGCGUUAACCCAACCUCCAUUCUCUUUCUCCCUCUCUCUCUCUCUCUCGACUUUCAGUGUGAUCACAAGGGCUGCAUGAGAUACUGGACUUGACCCUAUGACUCAAUAAAGUUUUUUUUUUUUUUUUUUUUUAAUAUCUGUACCAGUGUAGGCUCAUUGUGCAUGGCGUCAGCGUGUGAGGUCUAACAUCAGCUCAUCACGCUGUCAAUCCUCAGCUGAUUAUGUGAAAAAGAUUUGACCUGCAUUUCACCUAAAAUGGUCAUUGUAAUGUAUCUAAUGAGUAUAAACUGGUAUAAAUGAGUUUCUAAUAAAAUAAGUCUCAAUUUUUUGCAGCUGA